AUGUUUGGUGUUGCGUCGAUGCUCUGCCGACUGGGUGUACGUCCGUACUCAACGUCGACGUUGGCGUCGCAGGUAGUCGCGGAUUUCAUGGCUGUCCUCGCCUACGUGAAAUUCGAGAGCGAGGGCUACUUGAGUAGCUAUGCGUCGGAUCCGGUGCUUGCGUUGGGUGCGAUUAAAGUGUGGCAUUUCCUGAAGGACGGCUUGUCCAAGUAUAUUCUUCCGCAGCUGAAGAAGUUGAUCCUGGAUGAAGCACUGGACACAGGUGGGAUUUGUGAAAUGGUCGCUCGCAUUUUGCUCCUUCUCGCGAUGGACAAGUGUGUGAUGAGAGAUCGAAUCAAACCAAAGGGCCAAUUUGUGUCGGUGGAGUCGUUUUUGAACGUGAUGGGUGGAAGUCAGAGUGGAAGGACUGGCGCAUGGGGUUCACUCACUUCAUACAGCUGCAGGUUGAGCCGACAGAAGAUACGCUGUGGUAUUUGUUGGGACGUCGGGCUGCGGGUAUUCUCCCUCGCAACCAGCUUGAAGCAGAUCUGA